CAUUUGUGUUCCUCAUUCUCGUCAAUAUCGGUUGUCGCUGGCUAGACUAUAUCAGAUCAGUUUAGGUUAUGUAGAAAUAGCAGUGUGUAGGCUACUUUGAGAUAUCUAUAGAUGUACGGACCUACUGAAGAUAAUGCUUGUUCUUUCUAUCAGAAUACAAUUAGCACAGCGUAAAGUUGACUGCCUUGCACUUUGGUAACUGAGUCUGGGACUGUCGAAUUGUAAGGUAGACGGAGUAUGAUUCUUCAGCAGGAAGGUUAGGAUAAAUCAAAAUAGGUAUGUUGUUCUAAACGAUUUACAUUUUUAUAUUUCGUUUUCUUAAUGUUCAUUUACGAUUGUGUGUGGGCGCAUGGUAAGAAGCAUCUAGGAGAUCACUUUCUUUCAUGGAGUGGUAAGGCUGCCAGUCUGUGAGGCUCUAAGACUUGUUGCGCGAAAAACACGUCCCUCGGGAAUGCAUUUUUUUCGGGUUACCUGUUUUUUUAUUUUUUAUUUGCAUUGAAGUCGAUGCGCGUUAGUGAUAUUUUGAUUUCACAACAGUGCACAUUUCAGGGUUUUUGUGGUGGCUAUUCCACUAUCAUUUAAUUAUUGCCCAGGCAGCGUACAAGUCCAGUCGACUUUGUAGGGACUGGGGAGCGAACAUGAAACUGGAUGUGGUGGACUUUCGGUGUAAUUAAGGACAUUGAAGUAAUUACCUACGCCUUCACUAUACUGCUAGAUCAGGGCCGCUCUAUCGGACUAACGGAACCGCCCGAGGCCAGAUGAGCUUUAGAGUCCAGCUCCGUGGUUCAUGGUUUUGGAAAGGCGCAGCAGAUUCCUCCAUCCACCGGGUCUGCUGUAAAUAAAUGGCACUCAACACAAACGUACUCCGAGAAAAAACGUCGAAUUGAGUGAUUUCUGAGCCCGUAACUUAAACUUGGGUUUCUGCUGAGAAGAUGUCGGAGCCAGAGCGCUGUGGGGACGGUCUGUGCGACGAUGGAGCUCCGGAGAUCAUCCCGCCGAGAGCGUCCAGGUCUGGCAGGCGGAGCGGAGUCGUCCUCCCCGGCCAGGACAACGACACUAUCGUUCUGGAGGCAGUGAGGGCAGCCCCUCGCAGAAGUAGUAUAAUCAAGGAUCCUUUACUGCACAAGGUGGCUGGAGGGCGGAAGAAGACCGUAUCCUUCAGUAGCAUGCCCUCUGAGAAGAAGGUGAGCAGCGCGGCCGACUGCCUCGCCUUCAUGCAGGGCGGUUGCGAGCUCAAGAAGGUGCGUCCCAACUCCCGGGUCUACUGCCGCUUCUACACCCUGGACCAGGACCUCAGCUGCCUGCGCUGGGAGCCCUCGAAGAAGGACGGCGAGCGGGCCCGUCUGGACGUGACCAGCAUCAGGGAGGUCAGGACGGGGAAGAGCACGGAGACCUUUCUCCAUAACGGCACCACGGCGGAACACCUGGCGGAGGAGGCCGCCUUCUCCAUCAUUCACGGGGAGGACUACCAGUCCCUAGACCUGGUGGCUCUCUCUGCCGACGUGGCCAACAUCUGGGUGACGGGGCUGCGGUACCUGGUCUCCCACCCGACCGUCAUCGGCCACGGAGGAGGCGCGGCGGGGGGUGGAGGUCUGGGAGAUGGUGGCAUCAUAGGGGAGGCCAGUCUGGGCAGUAAGAUGAGGAGCGAUUGGUUGGCCGCAGAGUUCGCGGAGGUGGACGAGGACGGCAACGGGAUCGUCGCGGAAGACACGGCCGUGGCAACCAUCUGUAGGCUGUGUCCUGGCAUCAAGGAGGCUAAGGUGCGUCUGAGGUUCAAGGAGAUCCAGCGCAGCAAGGAGAAGCUGACGUCCCACGUGACACGCGAGGAGUUCCACGAGGCCUUCUGCGAGCUCUGCACUCGCCCGGAUGUCUACUUCCUGUUGUUCCAGCUCUCCAAGGACCGCGAGUGUCUGGACGCCCAGGACCUUCGUCUCUUCCUGGAGACCGAGCAGGGCCUCUCCCUGGCCACGGCAGACGGCUGCCUGGAGUUGAUCCGACGUUUCGAGCCGCCCGGUCCUGGGAAAGAGAGAGGCCUGCUGGGCCUGGAUGGGUUUGCCCGCUACCUGCAGUCCCCAGAGUGCCAGCUGUUUGACAUGGAACACCAGGGCGUGUGCCAGGACAUGAGCCUGCCCCUCUCCCACUACUACAUCAGUGCCUCCUAUCGCUCCUAUCUCCUGGAGGACCAGGUCCACGGGAGGGCCGAUCUAGGGGGCCUGACCAGGGCCCUCCAGGCCGGCUGUCGGUGCCUGGAGCUGGGGGUGACGGACGGUCCGGAGGGGGAGCCUGUCCUGGGGGUGGACUGCGGCCCCGACGCCCACCGCCACCAUCACCACCACCACCACCAUCACAGCCCCGUCACCAUCCGCAGUGCCCUGGAGGUGGUCAAUAAGUAUGCCUUCCUCACGUCGCCCUACCCUCUGCUGCUUUACCUGUGCCAGCGCUGCUCCCCAUCCCAGCAGCGCACCCUGGCCCAGCACCUGAGGAAGGUCUUCUCCACCAGUCUGUACACCCCUGACCACCUGCCGGUCAGCCUGGGGGGGCGAGCAACCACCCUGCCCUCCCCGGAGCAGCUGAAGGGCCGGGUGCUGCUGGUGGGGAAGAAGCUACCCCCCGAAGAGGAGGGAUCAGAAGGGGAGGUGUCCGAGGAGGACGAGGAGAUUGGGGGAGGAGGGCCCUUGGCUGGUCGGCGAAUGACCAUUCCUGGGGAGGAGGAACUGGGCGUGGUUUUAGUGGUGCCCCCGCCCCCUCAGCCCCGGAGGCUCCGCCUCCGUCGUGAGCUCUCGGAUCUGGUGGCCGUGGCUAGAACCGGAAGCCGGAGCUUCUACAACCACAGAGAAAUAAGGAAGCAAGGACAGCAGCAUUCCCCGCCCAGCACGCCCUCCACACCGGGAACGCCCUUACUGGAGUCGCCCUAUUGGACGCUGUGCUCUCUGGGGGAGGGAGAGGCGGGCCGGCUGGCCAGUGAGAGCCCGGAGGACCUAGUGAGCUUCACCAAGCGCACCCUGACUCGUGUACGGCCCAGCUCGGUGCGUUUGGACUCCUCCAACCCCAACCCUCAGGGCUACUGGAAGGGUGGGGUCCAGCUAGUGGCCCUCAACCAGCAGACCCCUGGGGCCAUGCUGGACCUCCAUAGGGGACGCUACAGCCAGAAUGGAGGGUGUGGCUUUGUUCUGCGCCCGGGGGUCAUGAGAGACGAGGUGUCCUACUUCAGCGCUGUGACCCAGGGCUGUGUGCCGGGAGUACCCCCUCAGACCCUGAGGUUGAAGGUGAUCAGCGCCCACAACUUGCCCAAACCGCAGGGCGCCGGAGCUAAAGGAGAAGUUAUAGAUCCAUAUGUGGUUCUGGAGCUGCAUGGGGUGCCGGCGGACUGUGCUGAGCAACGGACCAGGACGGCGGCGCAGAACCAGGAUGAUCCGCUGUUUGAUGAGACCUUUGAGUUUCAGGUGAACAUGCCGGAGCUGGCCCUCCUCCGCUUUGUGGUGUUGGACGACGACUACAUCGGAGACGACUUCAUUGGACAGUACACCGUGGCCUUCGAGUGCCUUCAGCCGGGCUACCGCAAUGUGCCCCUCCUGGGUCUGGCGGGAGAUCUCCUGCCUCACGCCAGCCUGUUCGUCCACGUCGCCGUGACCAACAGACGUGGUGGGGGCAAGGCCCAGAGGAGGGGCCUCUCCGUGAGGAGAGCCGUGCGGCGGGGGCGGGAGUACGUGACCCUACGGCACACGGGUAUUAAGACUCUGGAUGACACGUUCCGCCUCGCUAGCGCCCCACUCAGGGAGGCCACAGACCUGCGGGAAGAUGCCCAGAGUGCCAGCGUGACUUUCAAGGAGCAGUGUGGGCUCCCCCCGGUGGCCAAGUUGAAGCAGUGCAUCCAGAGCCUGGCCACACGGCUGCAGACCCCAGAGGGGCCCCCUGGGGCCUGCAUGACUCUGAAGGACGGGUACCCCCACCUGGAAGCCCUGGGCAGCGUCUCAGACGCCACUCGCAAACUACUAAGCCACUAUGAUACAAUGAUCUCUGCCCAGAGACAGCUGAUAGAGAAUGCAGGCGCUGUGCAGGAGAGGAUCGCCCAGGUGCAGAGAGAAGGAAUGGAGUUCCAUGAGGACCUGCCCAGGCUUGGAGACAAGGAGGGGCUGAAGGGACGAAAGCAGAGCAAAGCCCUAGAGAGUUUCACCUGGAACAUUACUGUGCUCAAGGGUCAGUGUGAUCUGCUACGCAGUGCCAAGGCAGACUCACUGGAUGCUCUGAGGCAGUUGGCCCUGGCCUGUGAAGCCUGUGGCUUCACCUCCUCCGGUCCCUCUGACCUCUACACCUCCCACGGCAGGAGAGGCAGCACCCAUGGCAACGGACGGAUCUGACACAGCCCCCACCAAACAGAGGGGGGUGGGGUGGUGGGUGGGGGGGUUGGCAUCUGGAAUGGUCUAGACCCGACUGAAGCCCAGAGCCAAACUACAGUAUUUAUCCAGUAGAGUGAGGCUGCUGAAGAAUGGUUGCAGUCAUUUGACAGCCUUACUUUGUGUUCAUUAGGGAAAGAGUAUUUUUUUGUUUUUACAAAACACAAAUGUUCUUAUGUUUUGCACAAAGACACUUGUGCUUCUUUCACCUUGAACAUAACGUUCUUACAAUGUCUUUCUGAUGGAAAGAGACGGAGAAGGAAAAAUGUUUUCUCUAUGUUUUUUCUCCUUAAAAAAGGAGUUCCGACCUUGAAGAAGCCUUGUUCAGAGGUAUGACUUGUGAAUACUGCUGACUUUAUGUUAAAGUUCUCCAAGUGUUUUGGGACAAGAGGUCCGCGACGUUCUUAUGGACAGCGGCUCACAACGAGUGUCUGUUCUGCUCUACUGAACCGAGCCAGCCUGCCUGAACUCUUCAUCCCUCCGCUUACACCCCCCCCCCCCGACCCUCGGCCCAUGGAGAGUCUUGAAUUAAUAGCCUCUUGUUGACCCCUCCCAGCAUCCUCCGCCCUGCCGGUCAUUCGAGGCGGAUGUGUUCUACACGACUUUUGCCUCAGGCCACUAGCUCUCCGAUCAUGGUGUCAGUUGACUUGGGCUGACGCUGCCUCAACAUCACAGGAAACCUGAAAAACACCUGUCAUGUUGACUCGCAGUAAUUGCUACAAAAGAAGUUUUAGAUUGAAUGAUUGUGUGUUUCCUACCAUUUGGACAUGACUGGGAUGUCCACUUUGCUGUGAGGUAGUUCAAGGUUUUUACCUCAACAUCCCCUAGCAAAACUGAUAUACUCUAAUAACUCCCAAAAUAGCAUGUUCAAAGUGCCAGUUAGCUCUGUUCUUAGGCCUGCCUUCCUUAGAGGACUGUGGGAUGUAGAUUCCACAGUUUUUCCAGUGUUAACAUUGUGGUAUCGGUUUGCUUGUUAUUUAACGGCUUUCUCACUGUAACACCAAUCACUCUCUCUCAGUUGUGGGUGGUGUCAUCUUAAAUAGGAGGGCAGGCCCAGAAUCCUUCAGAUCUCUCUACCUGUCCUACUGCCUUUGAACCAAACACAGAGAGCGACAACACAACAAAACUUCCCCCAGCACGAGUACGAGUCGGCUUUCAGAGGGGACCUUACAAUACAGGGUUAAGAUGUAGUGAAUGUAGUAUUCCCUAGUGGCCUCCAGCAAAGCACAGGGCCUCCUGGGACUCGAAGGUAAAAAUAGCGCCUGACAAGCAACACAACAUUUUGAACUCCUCUUUUACUGUUAUUUAACCAGGCACUUUCAUUAAGAACCAGUUCUUAUUUACAGCAACGACCUGUUACAGGGUGUAAACGACAGUUAACGGUCUUGCUCAGAGAACCACAUAGCUUUGACUUUGGUGGUAGGGGGAUUCAUCACCAUUGUAUCCUUUACCAGCCCACGUCAAACAUCUGUGGCCAACUGGUGGAGCAUGGUAAUUGGAAUGGCAGGAUUACAGGUUCGCCCAUACUUACACUCAUUACUGUAAGUUGCUUUAGAUUUGCUUAAUAUUCAUAUUUUAUAUAGUCUUUAUUUUACAUCUUCUGAAAUGCUUUAUUGUAUUCAACACCUCAGUUCAUAUCCUCUCCUCGUGUUCACGUCUCUCUCAUUCCACCCUCAAUAUAACAUGUCGGCCUACUGUUCGUACUCACCUCCUCCCUCCCUUUCUUUUCUCCUCUAUCCUCCUCCCUCCCUUCCCCUUCUGCUCCCCCCCCCCCCCCCCCAUCUCUCUCUCGCUCUCCUCACUGUCGUGCCUGUUAUGUGUCGUUGGGCGUGUACGCAGCCGUCGGCCAGAGGCUGUAUUCUUGGGUUCCUCUCUGAGCAAGGGCUCCUGGAUGUGUUACAGUGCUGUUACAGUGACUCAUUUAGACAGGAGUACAUGAGAUGACCUACAGAAUACCCAGCCUGCUAGCUGGUGUGGGUGUGUGUUCAUGUGCUUGUUGGGCCAAAACGUAUUAAUGUGUGCGUGUGGGUUUGUUUGUAAUGAAAGCGCGUGUCUGUGGGUGUUUGUGUAAUAGAACGGGCUGAACGUGUGCGUGCGUGUGUGUGUGUGUGUGUGUGUUUGCGUCAAUUUGAGUGAUCGUGCGUGUCUGCACCUGCAGUGUUUCUUAAUUAACUGGAGUGGAGGGAGAAGCACAACAGGGUAUCUUAUAAAUAACAUUGUGACUCACUGUACUGGAAGCUAAGCUCAGAAAAAAUAUCAGCGGUUCUCCCUUACCGCCCUCCUCUCUGCCCCACUAACACACACGGACCCUGGCCCACUGUGUUAUUAAAGGCCAGCUUUAGAGUAAAGCCUCUGUAUUAGCUUGCUAUCCUGGUUAACAUGGCCGUGUAACGUGACAAGUGGCAUAAUGUCGGGGGGGGUGCAGGGCCGUAGUUACAGUGGAUGAUACAGAGAUCAUCGUGGGAGCAUUAAACCGACCAGGCAGGCCGUUUAUUAUGGCCCAUCGACCUACAGGCCAAGCCUCUGUGUGAGCCUCUAAUGUGCAUUUAAAUAGGAGGACAAAUACAUUGUGUCUCUGAAAUUUGACAGGUACGCCCGUAACUAAACAGGCUGCCUGCCUGAUACAGGACAAACAGACACAGUGUUACUAAAAUGGCUGUGUAACCAAUUGCUCACCUGGUGUGUUGAUGUUGUUUGCAGUGUUGAGAAUAAUCCUCUGAUGUUACAGCGUUCUGGUCCGCACUAUGGUGCUGUUCCUCCCGAUAACGUAGUAACUCUCUUUAACCUGUGUGUCUUAAACCAUAAACCUAUACAUGGUGUGACUUACCGUUGUCAUGGUGACGUGUGUGAGCUACGUCCACUUCUGCCACCCUAUUCCCAACAUAGUCCGUUAUGUUAGUAAUGUAGAUUGAAAUACUAUAUAGGGAAUAGAGAGCCAUUUGGGACACAACUUAAGUCUGUCUGUGUCUGCUAUCCUUUCUGAAAGACCGCUCAAACAACUGUUCCGUUGGCGUACACGUGUCACUAAAUGUUGUGUUUGUGAAAAGAAAUAUAUAUUAAAAAAAAUAGUAUUUAUUGAAGGUGAUGAUGAGUGUGUUAAAAAAAAAAAGAUAAAAAUUAAAUUAAAUGGACCUCGCUUUUAUUUUGAAAAGCUAGUUUGUUUUCUAUCUGAUUAACCAAUGUAACAGUUGUGCCCUAAGUAACAGUUGUACCCUGACUAAAUAAAUAUUUUACUGACCA